AUGUUUCGUCCAGGUGCUCUCUCAUCCCUGUUGUCACAACAUGGAGCAGCGCGCCCAAUUUUACAGCGACUAAUGCUUCUGUUUAUUUGCUUUUCUUUUUUAACUACACUCUUUUUUGUAUUGUCAAAUAGACAGUUUGAUUACCAAGACGUCUACAAUACCGCAGCAAAAAAGAUUCAAAAUACUUUCCAGCUUGAUGAUAAUACCAGUGCUUCAGCUAGCCAGGAUGCCAUCGACGCUCCAGCUACAGAAAAUAAUAUUCCUGGUCUGAUAAACUCGACACUUGGAUUCCAAAAAGUUAUGUUUUUGAGCAACUCCUUGCUCUAUGACCUCAGUGACAUCACAUCUAUGCAAUCAUCCAUUAGUGGUAUUGCCAUUGAUUCCUUUGAUAGUGUUUCUCCAGAAAACCUCAACACACAUGGUCUUCCUCCAGACUCUCUUCAUGUUCUUUCUCGUUAUGAACAAGCCCGGUUCCGUUCUCAUGCUAAUUUGUGGCGUGAAAUGCUCAACCAAGAUUGGACCACUUUGCUCAUUCUCGAAGCAGACUCAACAUGGGAUGUUAAUAUUCGUCGCUUAAUGAUGCUCUUUUCUAACGGUCUUCAAGAGUUUAUGCGCAAGCAAGGCAAGUAUUCCGAGGUAGAGGAAAACGCCAAUGAUCCAUACGUUUUCGCCAACUGGGAUGUGCUUCAGCUUGGAGGCUGUCUGCCAAACCGUCGUAACGCUCAUUUGAGUUACCCGUACUAUGAUCCUUAUGUUCCUUCUUCGCUUGAAUUUUAUGGCGUCACAGUUCCUCCCAAGCACCGUGUCGUUCGCUACCAGAGUCCUGAGCGUUGUGCUAAUGCUUAUGCUGUUUCCAGAAGCGGUGCCAUGAAAUUACUUCUUGCCACUGCAGUUGAUAUGAGUACUCCUAUUGAUGUCAUGAUGCGAACUCUUACUAUUGAGGGUCGUCUUGAUGUCUACUCAACCUUCCCUGCUCUGUUUGGUCGUUGGGAGUAUCUCAGCGAACUCAAGCAUUCUGACGGUAGACCCCCCACUGAUUUACCUCAAGAUGAGCGCAAGAAGAUUUGGGAACAGGUUUACAAGAACUUUAAUGUGUGGAAGUCCGGUGGUACCUCAACUGCAGAGGGUGAUGACAAAGACACUGGUUCUUAUGUCAGCUCUAUGCUGGACCAAAUCAAGAGUUACAUUUAUGGCACCAGACCUAAUUUAUUUUCAAUUUUGGAAAACGAGGCUCCUCGCAACGACUUUGAUGGCGAAGUUGAUAACAAGAAUAUUGAAAAUGCUGCUGCUCCAGGGAACAAUGAUGAUGGAUCAUGGGUUAUCCCCCAGCUUACUGACGAACAGUUGGUAGGAGAAGAUAAGAUUGGUGCGGACUGGGUCCACAGUGAUGAUCAGGCUAUUGCUGCCAAAAAGGAAGCUGAGGCCAAAAAGGCUGCUGAGGCAGCUGCAUCUUCAAAGUCUGCUGCAGAAGCAGCUCAAGCUACUCAAACUGCUGUGGCCCAGGCCAAGCCUACAGUUGAUCAAAAGGCUGAAGAUGAUAAGAAGGCCGCUGCUACUUUGGAGAAUUCUGCAGAGACUAAAACUGAGGCCAAAGCCGAAGACAAGAAGGCUCAAGACGACAAGAAAGCUGCCGCCACUUUAGAGAAUUCUGCUGAGAAGAAGCAGGAAAAGGAUAACGCAGCUGCAGAUGCACCUCCAUCUGCUGAAGUUGUUCAAGAAAAGGCAAAAGAAGAAGCUGUUCCUGAGGUUUUGGGAGAUACACCCGAGGAGGAUCUCACCAAGACUGGUGGAGCCAAAGCUGAAGGAGCACCUGCUACACCUGCUAAGAAAUAA